AUGGCCUACCAUCAGGCAGGAGGCUACGAUCCUCAAGGCCCUCCUCAAAGCGGCCCAUACCAUCAGCCGCCGCAUCACGACAGUGACGACGAGCAGGAGCACUCGUUGCUCGCCAACCCAGCGCACCCGUUCCAAGGUCCGUUCGACGAGCCCUCGAGCCGCUCGGGCACGCCUGGAGCACAUGGAUCAAAGGGAUACGAGCUAGAGGAGUCCUAUGUGGGCGCUCCUGGCACUGGUCAUGUGCCCCCGUACAAUGGUUACACAGAGUACAGUGGUACAUCACUCGAGGAUCCUGGAUACGGCCCGCCAGGUCGUACCGGGAGCCCGUACGAGAGGAGCGAGACGGGUAGCACAGAGGCAUGGAGACAGCGCCAGCAGCCAGGCGGAGCUGCCGGUGGCCUCAAGCGCAAUGCCACCCGUAAGGUCAAGCUGGUGCAGGGUGCGGUGCUGAGCGCCGACUACCCUGUGCCGUCAGCAAUCCAGAAUGCAGUGCAAGCAAAGUACAGAAAUGACUUGGAGAGCGGCAGCGAAGAGUUCACGCACUUGCGAUACACCGCGGCAACCUGCGACCCGAACGACUUCACUCUCAAGAAUGGAUAUAACCUCCGGCCCGCCAUGUACAACCGACACACGGAGCUGCUGAUUGCGGUGACGUACUACAACGAGGACAAGACGCUGACUGCCCGCACACUUCAUGGUGUCAUGCAAAACAUUCGCGAUAUCGUGAACAUCAAGAAGUCGGAAUUCUGGAACAAGGGUGGUCCUGCCUGGCAGAAGAUUGUGGUCUGUCUGGUGUUUGAUGGUAUCGAUCCCUGCGACAAGGGUACACUCGACGUGCUUGCAACCAUUGGUAUCUACCAGGACGGUAUCAUGAAGAGGGACAUUGAUGGCAAAGAGACAGUCGCCCACAUCUUUGAAUACACUACACAACUUUCCGUCACGGCGAACCAGCAGCUGAUCAGACCCUUGGACGACAGCCCAUCGACACUACCACCCGUACAAAUGAUGUUCUGUCUCAAGCAGAAAAACAGCAAGAAGAUCAACUCUCACAGAUGGCUCUUCACCGCUUUUGGACGCAUCCUCAACCCAGAAGUUUGCAUUCUGCUCGAUGCUGGCACGAAGCCCGGACACAAGGCCCUACUUGCGCUAUGGGAAGCAUUCUACAACGACAAGGACCUUGGUGGUGCUUGCGGUGAAAUUCACGCACUGCUCGGCAAGGGCUGGAAGAACCUCCUCAACCCGCUUGUGGCUAUCCAGAACUUCGAAUACAAGAUUUCCAACAUCUUGGACAAACCUCUGGAGUCAUCGUUCGGAUACGUGUCUGUGCUGCCGGGUGCGUUCUCUGCAUACAGAUUCCGCGCCAUCAUGGGCCGUCCUUUGGAACAGUACUUUCACGGAGAUCACACGCUUUCCAAACAGCUUGGGCCAAAGGGCAUCGAGGGCAUGAACAUUUUCAAGAAGAAUAUGUUCUUGGCCGAAGAUCGUAUCCUGUGUUUCGAGCUGGUAGCCAAGGCAGGAAGCAAGUGGCAUUUGACCUAUGUCAAGGCCUCCAAGGGAGAGACUGAUGUGCCAGAAGGUGCAGCCGAAUUCAUCGGCCAGCGCAGAAGAUGGCUCAACGGUUCUUUCGCUGCCACACUCUACUCCCUCAUGCAUUUCGGUCGGAUGUACCGUUCCGGACACAACAUCCUCCGCAUGUUCUUCUUCCAUCUUCAACUUAUCUACAACAUUGCCACCGUUACGUUGACGUGGUUCUCCUUGGCUUCCUACUACCUGACAACAACUGUGAUUAUUGAUUUGGUCGGCGUUCCCAGCAACAGCAACGAUAACCGAGCGUUCCCCUUUGGCAACACCGUCACGCCGUACGUGAACACCGUCGUCAAAUACGUAUACUUGGCAUUCCUCCUGCUGCAAUUCAUUCUUGCUCUCGGCAAUCGACCCAAAGGAAGCAGAUGGACCUACAUCACGUCAUUCUGCGUGUAUGCCCUGAUCCAGCUCUACAUCAUCGUCGACUCGUUUUACCUGGUGGUCCAUGCCUUCACCGGAGGACCAGGAUUCGAUACCGAUGGUACUGCGGCAGACUUUAUCAAAUCCUUCUUUGGCUCCACUGGACCCGGCAUCAUCAUCAUUGCACUUGCAGCCACCUUUGGUUUGUACUUUGUUGCCUCGUUCCUGUACCUUGACCCUUGGCACAUGUUCACCUCCUUCUUCCAGUACCUGUUGAUGAUGACCUCGUACAUCAACAUCUUGAUGGUUUACGCUUUCUCCAACUGGCRCGAUGUCUCCUGGGGUACCAAGGGUUCCGACAAGUCCGAUGCGCUGCCAUCCGCGACUACACAAAAGGGUGCGGACGGCAAAGCUACGGUGAUUGAAGAAGUCGAUCUUCCACAAGCCGAUAUCGACUCUCAAUUCGAACAAACCGUCAAACGGGCUCUGACACCAUACAUCRCUCCCAAGGAAGACACCAAGAAAACUCUGGAGGAUUCGUACAAGUCUUUCCGUACCCGUCUCGUGACUUUUUGGAUCUUCUCGAACGCCCUGCUCGCCGUCGCAAUCACAAGUGACACGUUUGACAAGUUUGGAUUCAGCUCAGGCGCCACCGACCGAACGGCAGGCUUCUUCCGCGCGCUCCUGUGGGCUACUGCGGCGCUGUCGUUUGUGCGGUUUUUGGGCUGCCUAUACUUCCUGUUCAAGAGCGGUCUGCUAUCGUGCUGUGCAAAGAGGUAG